AUGGAGGCGGCUGAGGGUCCCCUGAAGGAGCUCUGGCAGGAAGCCUCUUGCUCCAUCUGCCUGGACUAUUUCAGGGACCCGGUGACCAUUGUCGAGUGCGGCCACAACUUCUGCCGAGCCUGCCUGACCCAGACAUGGGGGGAGCCGCGGGCCGCCGAGCCUUCCUGCCCCCUUUGCAGAGGGACGGCGAGAGAGGAGACCCUCCUCCCCAGCAAGCAGCUGGCCAACCUGGUGGAGAUAGCCAAGAAAUUCAGCCCUUUGGAAGGGAAGGGGGCGGAAGCGAAGGGGGGAGAAGGGGAAGAGGGCGUCUGCGAGAAGCACCGGGAGCCCCUGAAGUUUUUCUGCCGGGAGGACGACGCUCUCCUCUGCGUGGUCUGCAGCAGAUCCCAGGAGCACCGAGAUCACCAGGUGACUCCCUUGGAGGAGGAGGCUGCCGGGGAAAAGAAGACAGUGGCAGCUGGAAAGGAAAGAGUUUGCCAGAAGCACUGGGAGCCGCUGAAGCUCUUCUGCAAGGACCAUGAAGCCCCCAUCUGCGUGGUCUGUGAGCAGUCCCAGGAGCACCAAUAUCACAACAUCGUUCCUGUGGAGGAGGCCUCCCAAGAGUACAAGGAUCAGUUCUGCACUUCUGUGAGGAUUCUGCAGAAGGAGAGGAACAAACUCGUGGCGUACAAAGCCAGUAUAGUGAAGGGAAGCCAAGAACUACUCAGGCAAACUGAAGUAGAAUGGCAGAAGACACUGAUCAAGUUCAGGCAACUGCACACAUUUCUGGAGGAACAAGAGAAACUUUUGCUGGCCCAGAUGGAAGAGGUGGAGAAGGAGGUGGUGAGAAAAAGAGACCAGCACCUUGUCAGACUCUCUAACGACCUCUCUUCUCUCGAAAGCCUCAUCCAGGAGAUGGAGAAGAAGUGUCAGCAGUCAGCCAGUGAUCUCCUGCAGGAUGCCAGAAAGACCUUACAGAGGUCUGAAGGAAAGGCAGCGUUUGAGAAUCCAGAGGCUUUUCCUCUUGCCCUGAAAUGGCACAUCUUGGACUUCUCAGAUAUAAAUCUCCUUUUGGAGGUCAUCGAGAAGCAGCUUAAAGACACUCUGAAUUACGGACUUCACCUGCAUAAAGAAAAUGUAACUUUGGAUCCAAACACAGCCCAUCCGACACUUGUCCUGUCUGAGGGUCAGAAAAGUGUGCGAGAUGGAGAAAAAGUUAAGUCUCUUCCCACCAGUCCUGAGAGAUUUAACAAGUGCUGCAUUGUAAUGGGCUGUGAGGGAUUCAGAGCAGGCCGCCAUUUCUGGGAAGUCCUUGUGGGCAGUGAAGAAGAAUGGGCUGUGGGGGUGGCCAGAAAAUCUGUGAGGAGGACGGGAGCCAUCACCUUGAAUCCUGAGGAAGGGUUCUGGGCUGUGGGGAAGUGGACAGGGGGGUUCAAGGCUGUCGUAAAACACCGCCCUGGCCUAUCCCUGAGUGGAGAGCUGAAGAGGAUCCGAGUGUGCCUGAACUACCCUGGGGGUCGAGUGGCCUUUUUCGACGCUGACCGAGCAGCCCUUCUCUAUGAGUUCUCUGGAGCCUCCUUCCAUGGAGAGACCCUCCUGCCCUUCUUUUUGGUGUAUAAAAAAGGCCACCUCAAAAUCUCUUCUUAAGACUUUUUUUUUCCACACCAGGACCAUCAGUAAGAAAAUAUUAUUUCUCAAGAGCC